GAUUGACCUUCAAGGGUCGAGUGCUCUAGGUCGGUCUCCGCAUGGCUAGAGGACUAAUUGAGAACAUGGUCUCUGAAGCCCUGGUGGGUCUUGAUCUGGUUUUCACGAGUGACGUAUCUUCGCAAUAUUCUUCAGCUCUCUCGUCUGGGUUUUCAUUUCUUUCCAUAGACUUGUUUCAUCCAAAAUCAAUUGUUGAAGAUCUGUCAGUUACCUCUGGUGGUCCUGAUCCACGUUCUGACCUUGCCUACGAAAAAAAUGGCAAAAGCAUCACGAAGUCGUUGGUAGGUAAGGUAUCGACGACGAUUGAUGUUGAUGCUGACAUAAUAUCCAUCCGUCAAUCUAGUGCUCAACUAUUAAUGAAGGAACUUAGUUGGGCUGCACAUCUAGGCUUGCCUGCCGUUAUCAUCAGAGUUAAUCGCCCAACCAGUCCUAAUCUGGCCAGGUUACUAAUAAAUUUUAUACGUGGAGAAUAUACCCCAAUUAAGAUAUGGCUAGUAUUUCCAAUGGUAAUCAAUUUCAACAGCUCUAAUGAAAUGAGUAAAGUGGAGAACAAGGAAUCAACACCGGAUGAAUUAUCAUUCUGUUCACCCUGGCACUGGUGGCUAAAUCUAUCUACCAUGACAGCUGAUAUCUCAGACGCUCUUGGCAUUGUUCUUGAGAUACCAAAUGACCUACCCAAUGAGUCAGUGAUUUCAAGAUGGUUUAGUGAGCCUGUGGUUUGUUUGUUGAUUGAUACACAGCUGUUCCUGACCAAUUCCAAGGGCUACCCUGUACUACCAAAGAGUCAUCAGUAUAUCAUCAACCGGUUCUUUAAGCUGAAUGUACAAAUUAUACUGACUGGUGCCUGUCGAAAUGAUAAAGGUUAUACAGCCUAUCAACAAUAUAUUGCAUGGCUUUGGCAAUCUCAAGAUGCUCCUGAUUUGUAUGAAGAACAAUCAAAGGGAUUAGAAGAUCAAUUACAGGAACCUUUGCAACCACUUCGUGAUAACUUAUCUUCUACAACAUAUUCGAUUUUCGAAAUGGAUCCGUUUAAAUAUCAAGCGUAUGAAACUGCAAUUUACAAAGCUCUUUGCGACCGUUUAUCUAAAUAUAAUGAAUCGAAUACAGUUAAAGAAAAAUGUCUUACAAAGCCUUCACAAUCAUCACAAAGUAAAGAGCAUUUAAAUGCUUUUAUCAAUCAUAAUUCAAAUAUUUGUCAAGUAGUUAUGGUAUUGGGUGCAGGUCGUGGUCCCCUUGUCAAUGCGACUAUAAAUGCUGCUGAAAGAGCUCAAUGUAAAGUUCGGAUAUAUGCAAUUGAAAAAAAUCCAAAUGCAUUGUGUACAUUACGUUCUAGGAUAAAUCAUGAAUGGCAAGGAUUAGAUGUACAACUAAUUGAAGGUGAUAUGCGUAAUUUAAAAACACCAGAAAAAGCUGAUAUAUUUGUCAGUGAACUACUUGGUUCAUUCGGUGAUAAUGAAUUAAGUCCAGAAUGUUUAGAUGGUGCACAACCAAUGCUAAAAGGUAAGUAUUUCUUUUGACUGUGUCAGAUUAAAUAUUUUAUUCUAAAAUAAUCAUAUGUUCUUCUUAUAUGCUUCUACUGUCUAUUUUUUCUUGACUAUGAUACUUCACACUUAUCUUCCUAAUUAAAACAAGAAUUUACGGUGAAUAAUACAUAUUUCAAUAAGCUGAACAACAAAAAUACCCGUAGUAAAAGCAUUGAUGUAUUUUUGUAAUUUAUAUAGAAAUGUUGUUGCAUUUCGACUUAUCCACUAGCACUGAUUGGUUAAGAAUGGAUCAAUCAGUUCGUUCGUAUUUUCGUUUGAUCAGUACAUGCGAUUGUCAGGCUGUGUACUGUUAACAAUUCCCUGUUCAAUGAUUCUUCACUUGAUCCCAUUUCUCAAUGUUUGUGUAAUAAUACUUUAGGAAUCACAUUUAUCCACUUUACAGUAAAGAGUACUUAAUACUCAUCUAAAUAAUUUGAGCGGAUUUCGAUUCAUUUUACUCAGUAAUCAUAGUUGGACUUUGUUAUAACUUUAAGUUGGGUUGAUUUUUACCCUGUGCUAAUUGUUGUGUCCUUGACUGAAGAGAUUAGAGAGCAGCGUAUUUAUCGAUCGAUCCAACAACACGUAAACACGUACGGACGGCCUAGAGUCUCGAUUGGUCCCACUUCCCUAUCUAGCCCAGUCAGUUGAGUCCAGAACACAAGUCACAGCCUCCUUAGAUAUGAAUCAUUGUAUUUCAGACAUACUCUAUUUAUAUACUAACCAAACAUACCACAUCGUACCAUAAAAAUAGAAAACAACAUUUGUACAAUAUUUAACGGAUGAAAUAAAUAAUGGCCAAUAGAAAAUGUCCAUUUAACGUCCAAGGACAUCACUAGACUUAACAUGAUAAUGAUUGGCACAUUAUUCUGCAUCCAUAACAGACUUCAAUAUUGAAUAUUGAUGUUGUAGUCCUAAAUAUUUAUUAGUUUUUAAAUUUGCAUUUUUAAACAUUUGGUAAGUCGAACAAGAUCGCCUUCAUCGAUUACUUAGUAAUGAAAUUAAAUGCAAAGCCUUUUAACAAGUAUUCCUUUCUGAUUUGUAACUAAUUUUUAAAACUAUGUCCAUCAUAUCAAACUUUUACAUGAUAUGAGUUUUCCUCGGAAGAGAAAUUGUUAUAAUUUUAACGCUUUAAUCACUCGAUUACAAACCUUUCUGCUGAAUGCACUAAACAAUCACGAAUACACUAUGUGAAUGUCACAGAAUUAUUUAUUACAAAAAAAAACAACAAUGAAAUAUGAUAAAAAUUAUUUCUCAUUUUACUAGAUUAGUUCAUUAUA